GAAAGAUCCAUGAUCCGCUGUUGCAUCAUUAUACGAGGACAGGGAACAGGGCCUUCUCGUCUGUCAGCCUUGUGGAACUCCGUCGCGGGUCGAUGAUUUGCUUAUUGCGGACCGAAUCUCAGGCGUGCUAUAUUAAGCCGCAGCUACACCUGACCAGUCUUUCCCACUUCAUGACUACGGCGGGCUCAUCUUGGGGUCCAUGUGAGCUUCGACGAGAACAACUAAAUUCCAUCUUGUGUCGCCUGCAGGAAGUUCCGAUCUUGAGGUUGUCAGCGACCUAGAUGCAUGAUUCAUCAGCCGACGGAGCACGUACCCAUCGCUGAUAGCGAACUACAUUCGUUCCGGUACCAGAAGAUCCAGCUCGCCCAAUAACAACACCUCAAACGAUCUGCUCAAGUCAUGAUGCCAGCAAUCAUUAACAAAGAAGUUCCUGGGCCGCAAUAGCCGCAGGAAGAUAUUGUGUGUCCUAUAUGCGAGCACUCUGAGUUCUAUACCUCGCCGUCUGUCAUUUUUGAACAACGAUUAAGCCAGCAGACAGGCUUGCCCCUACAAGUUUGUCGGAGACUGUACAGGCCGUAGGAAGUGUACUAGCCGAACUGGUCCUUUUCAAACGGACGGUCAGAACAGCCGACGACGCUGGCGGGCUGCCAACCCGUGGUCAACAGAGGGCACACUUCCUUGCUGUCAAGCAGCAGUACAUCGGACAAGCAGUUGUCUGGUCAGGAGGAAGACAGUUGGGACAUCUUUCGGACUAAUCGUGGAUAUCCACCAACGACUUCCAUGCAAACGACACCAGUGCGAGAUACGAGGCAGUGCUAAACAUUCUCCAGCCUUAUCUCCGCCUUAUCCCCCUACCACCAUCCUCACAAUGUCGUCCCAACCUCAACCUCGACCACCAUUGAAACACCGUUCCACCAUAACACGCUACUAUAUCGACACUCGGCCCUUGGUCUCCUCAUCGCCAAAGUCGCUCCCUCUCUUGUCCACCCUCCAGUUCACAGAUCAAGAGUAUGUGACCCGCUUCAUCCGCCCUGCCGACCGCUUCAUGUCGCUCGCCAGCGCACUGCUCAAAUAUACAUUCAUCCACCGCCGCGCCGGCAUCCCCUGGUCGGACAUCCAUCUCUCGCGCACACCCGCACCCCAUAAGCGUCCGUAUUGGGAACCACCUGACCUAUGGACUGGUUCUAACACGUCCGCCUCGUCGCACCCGUCUCCAUCCGAAGCACAGUCUGACGUAAAGGGCCUCGAGUUCAACGUUUCCCACCAAGCAGGUCUGGUCGCAAUCAUGGGGUGUACCACGCCAACGGCACAGCUGCCUAAUCCCUCGCACUCGAUUUCAAGCGCAACACCCCUCUCACCAAGCCUUCCCCCGCAGCAGCUUCAGCAGCUAAGUCUUGUCGGGCACCACACUCCGGAGCUCGGUGCGGGGCAAGUCAGACUGGGCGUAGACAUAGCAUGUACGAACGAAGAUAAGCGCACGCCCAAGGACCUCAACACACAAGCCAAAUUUGAGGAGUGGGUGGACAUCUUUGCUGAGAUGUUCUCGGACCGGGAGAGACGGAUAAUGAUGCAUGCACCGGUACAUGUCCCUGUUCCUGAACGCGAGGAAGGGGACUAUGGCUGGGACAGUAGCACCAGUAGUGAAGAUGGCAAGCCCGUGCCUCUCACGGGCGGCGGAAAGGAAGCAAAAAUGAUUGAGCAGAAACUCCGUCGCUUCUACGCAUAUUGGGGUUUGAAGGAGGCGUACAUCAAGAUGGUUGGCGAGGGCUUGUUGGCGAGUUGGUUGCGCGAGCUGGAGUUUUUGGACGUCGUGCCACCUGCCGUGCCGGAGGCCGUGAGCAGAGCGCGCAGUCGGAGCAGAAGUCGAAAUAGAGUCGGCGGGAUCAACGUGCCAAAUGGCCAGGCAAACAACCACAGUCAUUUACAUCCACAGACUGGUUUGCAGCAUGAGGUGGAAAAGUGGACGCCGUCCGAGAAAGCGGAACGGGGGGUGACGACUUUGUUUCGGGGCAAGCAGGUCGAGGACGUGGACAUUGAAAUUGUGGCGUAUGACGAGGACUUCCUGGUAGCUACGGCGACCAGGGGUGUGGAGGAGGUGAAAGAUGGGAUCGAGGUGAAGUGGUGGUUGAGGCUGGAUAUUGAGAAUGAUAUCAGGCCUUGCGCGGAGGGGAAGUGUGACUGUUUGGGAUGAUGGGAGUAUUUACCACAGAUCUAUGUUAGGCGCAGCAGAGUAGAGGAAAAGUUGCUUGGAGUCAUGGCUGGAGGACGUCAAUAUUGUUCCCUUGGACUCAAUAUUGCUUUGCUGCGACAGCGGAUAUCUUUGUUUGUUGUACUUCAAUGGCGUUCACGCAGUCAUUCCGCUGUAAUAAAUUCGACUUUCGCAAG